ACCAAUACCAGAACACAAAACCAUGGCUACCCUAACUGUCUUUCUGCCUUUAUUCUUUCAAAUUCUCAACUCUCUCUUCCCAUCUCAUUCAUUCUCACAUUCAUUUUUCUUUCUAUUGUUCUUUCUUUUGACUCUCUUUCAAGUUUCUUUCUCAUGGGUUGUGGAGGAUCAAGGUUUGAGUCUGAAACAGAAAACUUGUCUCCCAGACUGAGGCCACUUCUCAGACGGAGAUUUCAAGAGAUAAAAAAACAUAUAAAAGUAGUUUCAGAGACACCUUCCAAGAAAGAGCUGCUCAAAGAUGCUAACCCAGACCAAGAAAGUUUCACUCGGCUUCUUGGUUUUGACCAUCAAAGCAUUUCUUCGAAAGAAGAUGAGCUGCAGAUGGAAUCUGUUUCUGUUUCAUCUAUUGGAACGACAAUUAAACCACUUAACAAAGAUUUUAAGCGUGAUCAUAAGGAUGAUCAGGCAGCGGAAGCAAGAAAAGAGACAAAUAUCAAACAGGAAAGUAAAGACGAAGAUAAAUAUCAGGGAGAGGGAAUGGCCUCCACCGUUGAGGAGGAAGAUGAGAAAAGGGAAGAAAACGAAGAAGACGAAGAAAAUUAUUCAAGUCUACGCAGCUUGAGUGAAGAAUGUGAUGGUGUAGGAUCUCCAAGUUUCAGGGUAUAUUAUAUAGAAUCACUGGAAAAUAUUAAGGAAGAAGAUGAUAUGAAUAAUGGCUCGGAAAAAAAAUCAAUAUCUGAUGACCGUGAUAUGACUGUGGAAUCUUUAAAUUCGAAUAUUGAUUCUGUUAGGAAGACAAAGAAGAAAGGAAAGAAAGGAAGCAGAUUAAGAAGGGUUAUACCCAUAGGAAGACAAGCAGCUGUAAAGAAUCUGCUGAAGGUCAAAUCAUCCUGCAAUCCAGCCUGUGCUGGCAAUAACAAUGCUAGUCUACUUGAAGAAAAGAAAAUUAAUUGAUUUUAUUAGAUUUUUGUUCUCUUGUAAUGAUUUUUUCUCCUCUUGUAAUGAGUUUUUUCACUACAAAAGAGCCAUGUUUUCUUGCAAAAAGAUAGGAAAUUUUAUGUAAAGAAAGAUUUCUGUGUGAUAUAAGCAGUGAGUUGAAAGUG